GCCACACUGAUUUUCAUUUGUCGUGACGAGUACCUCGGAAUCGAAAAGAAAAAAACAUAAGCAGACAGGCGAAGCAGAGCAUACCGUUUAAUAAUGAAUGCAUAAGAACGUUCGACGCGCGCCGAGAACAAGUCUGCAUAUGAAUCGUGCGUGCGGCUCAAGUGUUGGAUAUUUUUUUUGAGGUUUGCGAGAUCUUUAAAUGCGUUGUAUUGUCCCUCCUCUGCCUUCUGUACCAUCGAAUUCGAAUCGUUAAAAGUGCGUGGAAAAGUGUACGAAACGAAACGAAACCAAUACACGGAAAGUGGGACAACGGCGACCGAGAGCGCUCGUUGCGCUUGUCACUGUCUGUGUUUCUGUUGUGUGUCGGUGUGUGUGUGUGUGCCGUCCGCUGCCGCUGGCACUGCAAGAGUGUGUGUGCGUGUGGUGCCUACUGCGGUCGAGUGCUUUAAAAUCGAAAUCGACAAAAAAAAAAACGUUUAAAAAAUGUGUUUUAUUUCUCGCCCAACAACGGCGAAUGCCUAAAAAGACACGCAUCACACUACACAGCAGCAACAACAGUCAAAGUGCAUAGAAAUAUGAACAUGCCAAUGCCAGGAAAAGCAGCCAAAGCAAAAGCAAAUCGCGAAUUGUGCACGCAAAUCAAAAGCAGGCGCUCUUCUACUCCACCAUCUUCUUUUGUCUGACUCUGAGCGACGAAAUUGCCGCAUGGCUGGCGGCCACUGGACAAUAGAAUAUAGCAAUGAAUGAUUUACGUCAGCAGCAGAUGGUAGCAGCGACAUCGUCAUCAGGAUCGGGAACAGCGGUAGAAUCGUCAGCCGCCACAUCGACAGCAGGAACAUCAGGAGCAGCAGGUCGCCUUCAGCUUAACUCAAACGCUAACUCAAAGUCAGUGGCAGCGAUCAGCACUAGCGAGGAGGAGCAGCGGGUUAGCUCCACAUCGUCGCCAGCCCAGCGAGAUCAGCAGCUGAAUGCGGAUCGGGAGCAGGAGCAGGAGCCACAGCAGCAGCGGGAGGAGGCACUGCAGCACCAGCACAUUCAGCCCGGCCAUAUAACCAGUACGACAGCGUCGCCUCCGCCGACGCAACCACAGCUGACAACGCCGUGCGACGAUGCCCCAAGCACAACUGGAGCAUCUGCAUCGGUCAGCUCAGCAUCCGGAGGAGCAGCAUCAGCAUCAAGAGCAGCAGGUGGAGCUAUGGCCGCCACCGCGCUCGAGGUAGAGGGAGAGGAGCGGGACGGACACAAGAUCAUCCUGAAGCUCUCUAAGCACGUCAACCCCAACUCAAACCCAAAUGAAUCUCAGCCGGUUGGCGAUGAGAGGCGUGUGGAGCCCUUGCGCAUCCAGUUGCCCUGCGGCGGCGGCUCUGAAGGAGGACUGGUGGCCAAGCCGCAGGAUGCCUUUGACGCGGACGCCUCCUCGUGUUCCUCAUCGUGCGCAGAGGACGAGGUGGCUAGCACUCUCGGUCAACAACUGCGGAACACACCGCACAUAGUGCCAAAAUUGACCAUCCGCGCCUCUAACGAGAAGCGUGUGGGCAGCGUGGUGCCCAAGUUGACUAUAAAGUUGCCCGAGAAUCCGGCUGCUUCCGGCUCUAACACCGGAUCGUGCUCGUCGGCAGUGAGUGGCGCUCAGUCAGCAAUGCCCGCUAAGAACGAUGCUCACCUGUCUAGCCUUUCUCCCGCCUCUGCCUCGUCUUCAUCAGCUUCGUCAUCCUCCUCUUCUUCAUCGUCGUCCUCUAUGACAGAGAUGCAGACAGUGCCCAAGCUGAUGAUUAAGACAACGUUAGCCGGAAGCAGCUGUAUUAGCAGCAGCGAGGAGCAUCCGCACCAGCAGCAGCAGAUACCAAAGUUAACCAUCAAGACGGGCGGCGGUCAGGAGCACAUGCACACGGUCAUUAUGACGCACGACCUGAAUAACGCCCAGAGCAUCCCAAAACUCACCAUCAAGACCAAGUCCAUUGAGCUGCUCGAAGACGAGUCUGGAGCCAAGAUGGAGCAACAGCUGCAGCCCCUGCCUAAGUUGACCAUUAAGAACUUAUGUUCGCCCAAGCACAAAGUGCGUGCGGUGCUUGAGGAGAAACCACUAUCGGCAACAUCCAAAUUGGCAGUCCCAAAACCCACUCCCAAUCCUAUGCCGGCUCCAAUGACAAAUGGUGGCGAGUCGAACAGCAGCAGCCAAGAGUUCUGUGGAUUCUCUGAUCCAGAUGCAGAUACGGCUGCUACAGGUUCUGACGAAGGUCGCCGGAACUCCGAUGACAUGGUCAUCGACGAUUCGCUGUCUAAGGAGCAUGACCCGAAGAUGUUUCACAAUCUAUCGCCCCUGGGAGCCAGCAACGGAAUUGUCAGUGGUGCGAGCAAGGGCAACAAGGCCGGAAAAUCUGCCCAGCCACAGCACAACGUGGUGGAUAUGGUGGACCUAACCUCGUCGCCGUCUCCUGGAUCAUCGCCUUUGCAUGUGUCCAAUAACUUUACUGGUGGGCAUAUUUCGACGAGCCUUCUUGAGUGCCUUCGGGCACAAUCUGAUGCUACUGCUGGUUUUGCGACCGGCACGGCUGAACGUGUCGUUAGUACACCCGCCUCGCCCAAUUCAAACAUCUUGCUAAGCCAGUUGACUGCGCCGGCUAAAGUCUUCACUACGACAACGCCUAAAAGCAAGUCGAAUAAGUAUCCCCAGCUAACGGAACGCCUGAUGGCCAAUGGUGGCGUCAGCGGUGGAGGAUCUGUUGUUGCAACAGAAGGCGAGGGAGCUAUUGCUCCUCUGGCGCCCGUGAAUUCCGCCCAACCCAUUAUCGAGUCCAUCGAGAUUCUGGACACGCCUGAUUGCAGUCCGAGGGAUUCUUACACGGACGAGGACCAGCCCCCAAUGCUCAACAACCAUCACCAAACCAACCACAAGCAUCCUGCGGCUCUUGGAGAAGAGCAGCAUAUGCAAAGUCAGGAGCUGCAGGAACUGGAUAACAACAACGAGAACCAUUUGAAGCGCACUAGCGGCGAGGCCAACGAAUCUCCUAGUAGUGGCAUCCCUCCCAUCAAACAAAGACGUCUGGGCAACGACGAAAACGACCAACAGUCGCAAAAUUGCCACGAUCCUGCGAGAAAGUGCAACACCAGUCCCGGCGAAUCACUGCAGGCACUGCCGCCGUCACAUCGAUCGCGCAAACAGAAGCACGAGCGCAUCCUCAACACAGAUUUGGAGGAUGCCCUCUUUCCACCCACCCAACAGAAGGCUAUUACCACGCCGGAUCAAAAUGGAGCUUUGUCCUCGGAGGUCGACGGGGAAGAGGCUAAGGCACAGGAUCCGCUGGAACAACCGCCCAUUCAGCUUCCACCGGUAGUUACGCCGGCGGGCACAGGCAAGAAAAGGGGACGGCCCAAACGGAUCCAGAACCAGAGCACAUCCGAAUCUGCGGCAGUUACACCCAAGCCCGGUACUCCACAAGAAGAAGCCAACAGUGCUGUUAAAUCGCGUCGCGUGCAAUUGCUACGCAAGCGAUUGGCCAUCGAUAUGGUAAGCGUGGGCCAGGAGCAAGCGGAUAUGACACCCAAGGGAUCGUCGGUGGGCGAGCCAAGUGCAAGGAUAGACGAAGAGAUUGCAGGCGCUCUGGAAACACCUAAGAGUCGUGAGCAUCGCCAGCUGAGAGCCACGCGGCGCACCACGACCCACAAUCCCAGCUCGAAUACCAACCUGCAACCUACUCCCAAGACCACUCGAAAGCGCCAGAGCAAGGCUAAUUCACAGCAUAGCCAGUUGCCGCCACCGACAAUGACUCAGUUCGGUAUCCCGGAGUCCGAGUCAAAUAAUAAUAAUAAUAAUAGCAGCAGCAUGUUUGUUGCCCUGACCGCGCAGAUCGACCUCACCAUGUGCUCAUCCAGCUCAUCAACUUCCUCCGGCGCUGCCGCAAUUCAGCAGGUGAUCAGUGGGAGUGGCAGCAGCUCAAUGUUACCUCCAACGACUAUUCUGUCUUCUUCGGACCCGUUGCCUGAUGUCAUCUUCCAGCCUAAUGAUUUCUCUUCAAUCAUGGUCACCCAACAGUUGCGCUCACCACGCCCUUCAAGCAUUAGCGGAGGUAGUGCCGGAGGCAGCCAGCCAGAUUCACACGAUGAGGACACCUAUAACAGUGCGCUGGACAACUCCGGAGGUAAGGAAAUAAUAAUACACCAAAUUUUUGUACCUCUAAGGAAACAUAAUAAACUUCUUGCAGACGAAUCUGUUACGACGUUACCAAUACUUUCGAUAGUGACCCCUACGCGAGGACGUGGACGUGGCAGGGGAUCGCGAGGUGGUGGGCGAAGCAGAGGUUCUUCUUCAAUAGAUCGUUCUGCCAGCGCCGGUGGCAUUGCUUCCACAACCCCAACUCAGCCUCGGGCGCCGCGGAUGAGCCGUGGAGCUAGUGCAGUAGCCAAGGCCAUCGCCAUGAAUCGACCACGCUGCGUAGGCGGGCUAAAGCACCAACCCGAUCCUGAGAGACUCAAAGGCUUGUUUAGUCCGUCACCGCAAGUUUUUGAGGAGGAUACGCGUAUGAGCGCGGAUCUUAGCAACAGCAGCCAGUCGAUGGUCAGUCUGAUGGAACCCCCGCUAACGCCGCAGAAGCAACCCGACUUCCUGAACAACGAGGAAUCACAGUCGUCCAUGGUUAGCAAUGUAAGCAUGCUUGACUCGAACCAGGGUCAGUCCGUAGACGCUAUUUUGGGCUCAGCGCUAAAACGUCCAAAGAAGAAAAAGAUGGAAAUUUGCGUGGCCGAAGACACUGACUACACCGCCUCUAGCAUUGCCGAGUACGACUGGCCGCCGCCAAAAGGUUGCUGUCCUUCGAAGAACCGAGACACCUUUAUGAUCCAAGAGCAAGUGGCACUGUAUCUGGGCAUCACUAGCUUUAAGCGCAAGUACCCCGAUCUGCCACGUCGCGCCGUCGAUAUGGAAGAGCGUAAUUGGCUGCAGGAGAAGGGAUUGGUUAGCGAAAGAAUGUGCGACUUGGGCAUCACUGCUGUUUGGGCUUCCGACAUCUUGGACAUUAUGUAUGCGGACUUCUAUGACAAGUAUGAAGAGUAUAAGGAGUAUAUUCGUCAGAAGCACUUGCGUGAGAUCGAGGCUAAGCAGAAGGCUCUCGGACUGACGGUCGGCGCCGGACGUGGCCUUCAAGCCCGUGACCGUGCCAUGCUCUCUGCUAGCAAAUGGAACGUUUAUUUUAACAAGACCCGUAAGGACGAGCGCGUGGCCUGCCUGGAUCUGCAGACAUUUACAUUGAAUCUGCCGGUGCAAAGGACGGCGCCAACAUCUACGUGCCUACAGCGUUCUAUUGUGAAUGUGGUGCGGGCAGCGGCAGAAGCGGAGAAUAUUCCGGCACCUCCCAAUCUUUUGCCGCCCCGAGUCUACGACGAGGCCUUCAGAAACAUAGACUACGCUUAUCCGCUUACGGUCGUGCCGGACCAGUUCUCUUUUGCCUAUCGCCAGUUUGCUCCCGCCGAGCUUCGGGCCUAUCCAUUGGACACGGCGCUGGACAAGCCGUCGACCAAUCUGGCGCAACAACUGCUACAGAACAGCAAUGAAGCUAUUAGCAGUGAUGAAAUCAAAAUGUCCGUUUUGGCCACGGAUCUGGAACAAGAGCAAUCUUCGUUUAAAUCUCAAAAGGCAGCGGCGCCCGUUCGUCGCAGUAGAAGGUCAGCACGCCAGCAGACAGACAAGGUUCGCACGGCCAGCAACUCUAGCACCUCAUCCGCCCAGUCGCUUUCUUCCGCGUCUAGCGGCAAUGGAAGCAGCAGUGAUACGGACAGCGGCGAUGAAAGCGACAUCAGUAGCAGCUCGAGUUUUUGCAGUUCGACUGGUGCGUCAAGUGCCGCUGGCAGCGACGACGAGGAAGGGGAUCAGUCCUCACCGUCCACCAGGCUAUCUAACUGUGGUGUCUGCCUGCGAAGUCAGCAUCGCAAUGCAAGGGACAUGCCGGAGGCCUUUAUACGCUGUUACAGCUGCCGAAGGCGCGUUCAUCCUAGUUGCAUUGAGAUGCCCCAACGAAUGGUGGGUCGCGUGAGGAACUAUAACUGGCAGUGCGCCGGGUGCAAAUGUUGCAUCAAGUGUCGGAGUAGUCAGCGGCCAGGAAAAAUGCUUUAUUGCGAACAGUGCGACCGAGGCUACCAUAUAUAUUGCCUGGGUCUCAGGACUGUGCCAGAUGGCCGGUGGAGUUGUGAACGCUGCUGUGUAUGUAUGCGAUGCGGAGCCACACGGCCAGAAGGUCUGCCACAGGUGGCCGCCCUAUCCCAGACAUCCGGAGGACCGUCGCCCAACGGGGAUCGCUCCAAGGCUUUGACGCGCGGUAAACGGCUGAAAUGGGUGCACGAGUAUCGCCUCGACCAUUUGACGAAACUGCGAGAGCACGCUGCAAUGUUCUGCGUACCCUGUGCGCGAACCAAGCCCGUUAAGCGGCAACCGGUGGCAGUAGCUGCAACAGUCCCAUCCGUUUCGGAGGUCACGUCAGCGAGCCCGGAUGCCAAUCCGAUACCAGGGCCUGGCUUGUCGACCAAUGGCGGACGCGCUCACUCGCCGGCGACGGCAAUGAGCCCAAAGGCAGCUGUUCCCGUGGCUGCACUGCCAGCCGUUUUAGAAGCCACGGCAGUGAGCACAAAUAUUGCAGGAACGAUAGGUAGACGGCAGCCGGGGAGUGCGGUUAAUAUCACAACAAUGCAGUGCAGUAGCAGCUUUAGUGGGAACGGGAUGUCUGAGGAUGCGUCGGCUGUCACGGCAGCGGGAACGGCUACUGCGUCAGCAGGAGUAACAACUGCCAAUCCCAUCGGCAUAGCUCCGCCACCGGUUGUUGCCUGAGUGGGGGUCAUACGUUAUUGUGCCAAGCGCACUCUAACGGACUUAUAGUAAGCGCCGGACGCGCCUCUCCUACACAAGCUUAAUAGCGUGUUCGUGACCACAAACCGCAGACCGCAGGUGUCAUUCAGAAAACAUACAGAUGCAUAGUAUUAAUAAAUGCGACAAAAUGAGGAACCGGAAUGGAGAAACUAUUUAAGGAUUUUUUUUUACUAUGAUUAUUCUUUAUUGUCAGUACAUCGUAUUGCAAAUGUUUUAUAUAUAUAUAUGAAUAUUCCUAUUAUAGUUAUGUUACUUAACUUUGCUAAUGUUAACAACCAAACCACAUAAAAAAAAAUCACACAUGACAAGCACCCAAAUCACCGAGUAGACCACGUUAUGCUUAAGUCUUAUUUUACGCCUAAGUUGAAUAGCCUAGCACUAAGUCACAACUUCAUUUUGUUUCUAGAGAAUUCAUUUGAAGCAUUUUAGUUCAAUUGCUCGCCUGCGCAACAAGAAUUCAGUUUUUAACUAAUGAAAAGAGAACGCUGUCUUAGCAGUGCGUCCUUGUUUGUAUUCCCGUGUCCUUGUCCAUAUCUGUAGGACUAACUGUUCCGUGUUACUGUUUAAAUUUUGAAUCGAAAUAGAGUCUAUUUCUGAGUCUAAGCCACUAUAUACUUGUGCAUCUAUAUUUUAUUUAUGUUUACACGCAAAGUGGCCGUUAUUUUUUAUAUUAAAUGUCUUAUACCCCGAAUUUUUUGAUUAUGUAUAUGUAUGUAUGUAUUUAUAAGGAGAACAGCUCUAUAUCCCAUAUUAGUAGUUAAGCAAAACCUAAGUGAGUGUCGUCUUCAUGUGCGGUAGCUGCUUGUUUUUUUUUCGUUUAGUUUCGAUAGAUUCAUAAGCGGAAAAUGGCCUUCGUUUGAUCGAGAAGGAAGCCAGUUAUACUUUGUAAUUGUAUGGCUAAGAAUGUAUUAUAAAUGUAAUUUAUGCUAACACAUACCCAACAAUCAAACCCACACACCACAGGCAAACAAAUUAUAGAAAUAUAUAUAUAUAUAUAUAUAUAUAUAUAUAUUACCAGUAACUUUAAGAUGAAAGCACAAGAACAGAUACAAUUUUGGCAAGUGAAGAUUAUUAGGAGAAAGCAAAGAUUGAUGAAAAACCAUGUGUGAAAUAUUAUUAGGCAAACAGUUCUGAUACCGCCGCAGAAUAGGUAGCGAUAAGUUUUCAGUCUACUUAACACAAAGUGGAUAUACACACGGGUCCUGCUGCAGACGCUGAAGAGACCUCGGUAAUCUACUUUUCCAUGGAAUUUAAAGCUUAAGUCCUUAUUAAGUGAAAUUAUUCUUAUGUAUACAUACUAAAUGAUUUAUUUUUAAGUCGAAUAAAACAGCAGCAUUAAUAA